GGGUUUUCCCUUCUCAUGAAGGGUAGAUACAAGCAUAUUUAUACAUAUGGUACUCACCCACAUUCCAAUAUAUAAACAUGCCAUUUUUUUCACAUUCUUUUAAAAACUUCUUCUCUUAACUAACCUUCACUACUACACUAUCUCUCUUACUCUCUCAACAAAGCCUCAUUGUUAUGGCACCCUGCAGAAAAGAUGGACCAACUAAGAAAACAAUGAAUAGAGGAGCAUGGACCCCAGAGGAAGAUCAAAAGCUAGCUCAUUGCAUUCAAACUCAUGGUGCCAAGAAAUGGAAAACUGUUUCAACCAAAUCAGGUUUGAAUAGGUGUGGAAAGAGUUGCAGGUUAAGAUGGUUGAACUAUCUUAGACCCAAUAUCAAGAGAGGCAACAUUUCAGAUGAAGAAGAGGAUUUGAUUCUUAGGCUUCACAAACUUCUAGGAAACAGGUGGUCUUUGAUAGCUGGGAGGCUUCCGGGACGAACCGACAAUGAAAUUAAGAACUAUUGGAAUUCUCAUUUGUGCAAAAAAGCCAGUCAUGUUGAAGAAAAACCAGAAACUUCCACAACACAAGAAACUAUAGUUCAAGACAAUAUUAUUGGGGGUAGUGUUAUGUUAGAGAAUAAAGAUUCAAUUAGUGGAAGUGUCGAUUCAGAUGUUAUCUUUGAUGUGAAUGAAUUCUUAGACUUUUCCAAUGAUGUAUCGUAUGAGUUUGAUUGGGUGAAUAAACUCUUGGAAUUCGAGCAGAUUCAGUUUCCUGAGAACACAAAUAUCUGAGUGAGUAUUGUUGUAGAUAAGUAGCUCCAGUGAAGUAUAAUGUUCUGUCAAGGGAAAACAAGUUGUUCUGUUCUGCUUCUAAGUACAUGUUUGGAUUAACUGUGAUCUAAUCUAGGUGCAAAAUCACAGUGCAAUUGAAAUUUCUGCAAAUGCUGUAGGAGGAUUAUUUUAGUUAGAUUUUGUAACAUGGAAAUAAUGGUUGUUGUUAAAGCAAAUAUGUAGUAAAUUGUGUCAUUACUUGCUUAUGUAGCAUUACUCGUUAUCAGAAUAUAUAAAACUAUCUAUUUGAUUUUUAGAGAACUACUUUAAUUGGCAAGUUGGCAGUGGUACUUGAAUUAGA